AUGAUUCGUCAACAUUUUUUGCAACAACAACGUUUAAACUAUAAUCAUGAUCGUCUACUUGACCGAUAUCAAUGUCUUCUCUCACCACAAGUAUCUGAGUUUCGUGCAUUUGGUACAAGUUCAUUACCGGGUCGGAAUUAUGAGCAAUAUUUACGAGCCAUGCAUUCUAAUCCUCUUCGUAAAGAUUCAUUGGUUGCAUUAUCACGAGCAGGCAUCGGUUCAUCAAGUGAAACAUAUCGAUGGUUGGGUAAUGGAGUAUCAGAAAUUUUACCAAGAAAUGUUAGUGCUGUCAUGAGACAUACUCGACAACAAUCAAUGCCCAUAGUACAUACAGAAAAGUUUGAACCUGUUCAAUUUUAUGAGCAUCCUGUGUUUGGACCAACACCCGCUUAUCUUCGACCUAUAUAUAAUGAAAGACAACUUCAACAACUACGAGAAAUUAAAGGUGCUAAUAGUGACAAAGAUAGUACUGAUGAUGAAGACGAUCAUGAAGUUCAAUCACAUACGUCAAGAAAUACCCAUUUAAAAAAUGAUCAUGAUGAAGAAAGAAAACUUUCCUCGGUUUCUGCUAAAGAUGAUGAUGAUAGUGAUGAAUCCGAUGAUGCACCUUUAGGAUAUAUAUCAUAUAAAAAAUGGAAAGCAAAAUAUGAAAAUCUUAUUCCAGUUAAUCCUCUCCUUUUUAAUAUUCAUACUCAACGUCCAAAUGGAUCGAUUAGUAGUUAUGGCCGAUCAUUGUAUACAUCACUUAAUCGUACGAAACUUCAUAGACUAUCAAGUCGUGAUGAACAUGUAUUUUCUCCUACUCUAUCAGAAAUCGGUUCUAUUUCGUCUGAUAUACAUCAUGAAACUUCUUCAUCAUCAAGUCAACGAUAUCAUAGAUUGCAACCACAUUCAUUUCCUACGACUAUAAAAACGCGAUCAUUACAACCUAUUCGUACAGGAAAUAUCAGUGAUUCAUCGGAUGAUGAGUUAAGUCCACCAGGUUCCCCUGUACCCUAUUCAUUGCGAAACAAUUCAAAUUUAGUGCCAUCAACGUCAGUACCUAACAGGAUUUCAUCAACACCAAUAAAGACACCAUUAGCUCCAACAACAAGAAUAACAUCAAUAUCACCAACAUUAGGAAUAACAUCAUCAUCAGCACCAACAACAGGAAUAACAUCAUCGUCAGUACCAACGACCGGAAUAACGUCCUCUUCAUCACCAUUAGCUCCAAUAACAGGAACAGUGUCAUUACCAUCAGCCCCAACAACAGGAACAACAUCAUUACCAUCAGCUCCAACUACGGGGAUAACAUCAUCAUUGAACACAUCAAUCGGUAACACUACAGGUGCAUCUAUUCCAUCAAUACCGUCAACGAAUGCAUCAAAUAUCCCUCCUGCACCACCUAUGCCUCCAUACUUAUUGUCAACAACAUCUACUCAUCCAUAUGAAACACCUUCAAAUCUUCCAAUUUCAUCAUCUUCGAUCACACCGUCUAUGCCUAAACCUUUAUCAAAUUCCGGCUCAUCUGCUACAUACCAAGCACCUUCAAGCAUUUCUUUUUCUCCACCAUCAGCUCCACUACUACCUAGUUCUGUACCAAUGACACCUUCAACAAAAGCAGUAACUUUUGGUGGUUCAUCGUCAAUUCCAAUAACAAAUGUUGACGUUUCAAGCAGUAGCGAUAGUGAGGAUGAAGAGAAACAAAAACGUCGACGAAAAAAGAAAAGACAAGCUCAAGCUGCUCAAGGCUUUCAUGUGGAUUCAUCAUCUUCAGAUGCCUAA